UUCAUAAUUCCCUCUACACAUUCAUCGAUGGCAUUUCUUCGUUAACGCUUUUACUAUGCGAUGCAUCGGCAAUACUACAGUAGCACAAUAGUACGACCUGACGAUGGAAUAUGGGCACUGCAGAGCUGUUAAACUCUUUUUUGAUCGCGCGCGGUGAUCACCAAUGGCAAUAAUCACGCGUCAGAGCAACAACGCGACGUUUGCUGCCUUGUGGAGAACGCGUGAGAGCGCGCUGUGUGUCAGAUAGUGACCAUCCCUAGAUAGUGUGUGUGUGUAUAUAUAUAUAUAUAUGUGUUUGCAUGUGUGGUUUUGUGUCAAUACGCCUUUAUACUUACAGAAAUGGCGAGGCGCGGGUGAACACAAGUGUGCGCGUCUGCGCGCGUCUCUGCAGUCGCGUUCGCGGUCUGCUCCGGGCAUCAGUGUCAUUAGGUGAAGCGGUACCGGCUGUUGCGCAUCCUGUCUGUGGAAAUCCAGUGUGGAUGGGAGGUUCCGCGUAGUGAGGAGGUCCACCCGCCUUGCAAAGAGAGAGACCACCCGGAUUCUGCAGAGGAAUGCCUCAACACGGAGGAAAGCAUCUUCAAGUAGCGUCGAUACGGGUAUUGGAGAAGUGCAGCGGGCGACUGCAUAGGCUGACUUUGCACGCAACAGAUUUGGGCCUGGAUCGCGGCCAGUCGUGACUUUUGCCUGGCGACACAAACACGCGCCCUACCGCGUCAAACUUGCUUUUGGACGCGUGCCUUACGCGCAACAGCUGCAAGUUGUGCCAGCAGAUGCAAGACCUGACUUGAGUGUCUGUCAGUCUGGCUGGCUGUCUAUCUAGCUAGCUAUCUGACUCCUUCAGCAUCUUCAUUGUUACUUGAGAAACAACGCAAACAUCAAAAGAGGCUCAAUCUGAUAAACUCCAACACACAGUGGCAGGAGGUGUGUAAGCACUGGUCAGGAUGCAGGUCUCAUUUGCAUGUACGGAGCACAACUUGAAGAGCCGCAGCGAGGACCGCCUGUGUGGUCUACGAACUGCCCCUCCACCAGGGGGCAGCAGCAGUGGAGGAGGUGGGGGAGGAGGAGAAAGAGGGAGCGGACAGGGAGGAAAUGGCAACCAUGCACCUCAGAGCUCUGUCAAGGUGGGGUCCCGCCCCCUACCUCAUGGCCACGCCCACAUGAAGGAGGCUAUUGGACGUCACAGUAACAUGAAAUACAGAAACCUUGGGAAGUCGGGUCUACGCGUUUCUUGCUUGGGUCUUGGUACCUGGGUGACAUUUGGCUCUCAAAUCUCUGAUGAGAUGGCCGAGAGCUUGAUGACGAUAGCCUAUGAGAAUGGAGUGAAUCUGUUCGACACAGCAGAAGUGUAUGCUUCAGGCAGGGCUGAAAUCACUCUAGGGAACAUCAUUAAGAAGAAAGGCUGGAGGCGGUCCAGUUAUGUAGUAACAACUAAGAUCUACUGGGGAGGACAAGCAGAAACAGAGAGAGGUCUGUCCAGAAAACACAUUAUAGAAGGUCUCAGAGGCUCCCUGUCUAGACUACAGCUGGAAUAUGUGGAUAUCGUCUUUGCCAAUCGCAGUGAUGUGAACAGCCCUAUGGAAGAGGUGGUACGUGCAAUGACAUUCGUUAUAAAUCAGGGAAUGGCCAUGUACUGGGGCACAUCCCGAUGGAGUGCCAUGGAGAUCAUGGAGGCGUACUCUGUAGCAAGGCAGUUUAACUUGAUCCCACCGGUUUGUGAGCAGGCCGAGUAUCACUAUUUCCAGAGGGAUAAAGUGGAGGUGCAGCUGCCCGAGCUCUACCACAAGAUUGGUGUUGGAGCGAUGACGUGGUCUCCUCUCGCAUGUGGGCUGAUCACAGGCAAAUAUAGUGAUGGGGUUCCGGACUGUUCACGAGCAGCUAUAAAAGGUUAUCAGUGGCUGAAGGAGCGAGUGUACAGUGAAGAGGGCCGCAGACAGCUCGCUAAAAUCAAAGAGCUCCACCUAGUGGCAGACAGGCUGGGCUGCACUGCUGCUCAACUUGCCAUUGCAUGGUGUUUACGUAGUGAAGGAGUCAGUUCUGUACUUCUUGGUGUCUCCAAUACAGACCAGCUUCUAGAGAACCUUGGAGCCCUUCGGAUUCUGUCUCAAAUGACACCUCAGACUGUGAGUGAGAUAGAUGCUCUGCUGGGAAACAAGCCUCACUGCAAGAAAGAGUCACGUGCGUGAGAUAUGACCAGAACUUGUGCUGUCAGAAAAACUAAAGAAAGCGAGGGGGGAAAAGACAGAAUAUUGACGUUGGCCAUCACUUCUCGGCGCUCCCGUAUAUUACAUCACCUGCAUGCCUUCUGCAACAUGCUUCCAUACUGCACUGCUCUCUGUAACCCUACUGAAAUAUCUCAACAUAUCUACAAACAAAACUCUCAAACAGCUGUCAGCAACAUCAAAGAAAUGUGGCAAACAAGAACUAAGAACAUGCUGUCUUUACAUUUCCUUAUUCAGAGAGACUGAAGCUUUUGUCUUCCAUGAGGAAGUUUUGCAGGAAGUAAAACUAUAGAAGGAAGUGAAUGAAACUGGCUAUGUUCGGAGUAGAAUACUAGAAAACUGCAAAGUAUACACUGUAUAGUGUAAAACAGUAAAACAGUUGGCAUAAACAUUUCAUGCAGUAGUAUGCUACAUUGUUGUCAUAUGACCUCAUGAUGUUGUAUCUCAGUGGCGUCCAGUUAACAUCUGUCCAUUUUUUUAUUUUUUUAUUUGGCAGUCAGAUCACAUGAGUCAUAAAAGAGAUGUUAAAAAUCACGACUGUAAUUCUGGUUUAUUCAUCACACUGGAAAUGGAAGGUCUAAUCGAGCGCAUUGCAUAUAUUUAUAUAGCCUUAUAUUAAGAGAAAAAGUAUGAGUAGUAUGUUAUAAUACUACUCCGAACAUAGCCAAAGUCAAACAUCUUCAUAAUUCCUUUUGGCUCUUUAUUUUUCACCAGGUUUUCAGUGUAUGAGUGGUUAAGUGUGUGUGUUCAAUGAGGUAUGGAUCAGUGUUUGUGCGUGUGCACGCAGUGACACUUUGAAUCAAACUCUCCAUUGCUGGUGUUGCACCUGAGCGACUUGAAAAAUGGAUGCCGCAUAUCAUUGGACGGACUGAAUGACAACCACUUGGCAUAGCCAAAUGUUUAGGAGAGCUGCUCGUCCUGUUUACCUGGACAUCCCGUCUACAAUCUGUUGCAUUUUAUUCUCACGGUAGCUUGAGCGUGUGACAGGAACAACAUGCAGCGAAUGCAAACGGCUGGUUGGACACAUCACAAGUCUUCCUCGGUUUCUCUCCUUUCCAUCUCUUCUUGUGUUUACAAUGGUGCACCUGUCCCUUUAAGAAUCCUUGCAGUUAGGGGAGGUGUUUGCGAGUAUGUGUAUGGUGCCUUGCGAACAUAUUCAGAUCCAAAGACAAUUCACUUAAUUAAAAAAAAAAGCCCUACAAAAUCCUACUUUGAAAAUUAAAUUUUGUUCUCUGAAAUAGUUUUAUGUAAAAUUAUUUGAAUGUGACAUUGUUAUAAAGUUUCCCCAAAAAGUAUUUAGACACUUGAGCGACAAAAUAGCAUAGCAAGUGGCAUUUAUUUGAAAAGAAGAAUAGCACAAGCACACUUUCCAUGCAAAACAUUUCACAGAAAGACAUUUGUUUGGUUUUAAAUGAUACUUGACAUACUUGAGCCUUGUGUCUCUCCUCUUUGAGACUAAUCUCACAGUGAAAUUGGAAAUGCAUUUUUAAAAAAAUAUAUAUAUUUUUUUAAUUCCAAACACUGCCCCCAGUGGCCAAAUCGGUAAGUUUUGUUGGGCGUAUGGGCACGUGUGAGCAAAAUUUUCCAGGUGUAAUGUCCACAGAGGGGUGCCAAAACAUGUUGUGAAGCGAGCUUUACAGGCUAUAAUACAGCCAGAAGUAAUGCAUGUUUUAUAAACUGUACCCCCAACCCAAAACUAAACCUAACCAUCAGUGGAGUAAAAAUGUAACGUUAGAGGGAAAAAUACAACCUCCAAAUCACACUCGUCACCGAUUACGUGAAUGCGAUCACAUCCUGGUUUCAACUUGGGAUCCCAAUCCAAAAGCGAGAUGUGAAGCAAGCUUUACAGGUUGUAAUACAGCCAAAAGGAGUGCAUGUUUUAUAAACUGUACCCCCAACCCCAACCCAAACCUAAACCUAACCAUCAGUGGAGUAAAAAUGUAAUGUUAGAGGAAAAAAUACAGCCUCCAAAUCGCGCUCGUCACUGAUUACUUGAACACGAUAACUUCCUGGUUUCAAUGCGGGAUUCCAACCGGACUUCCCACACUGCUGACACAACUCAUCUAAGGUUGCGUCACAAGGGAAGGUAAACAUGCUUGAGCAUAUGCAAAUAUGUGUGAUAGGAGAUGGCGCUUGUCAGUGAGUCGGAACAGUGUGGCCGAUAGUGUACUUGACCUUCUGGAAACAACAUGCCGAUUUCCUGUGUGAUCAUGUUGACAGUUCUCCACCUCUUCGCCUGUUCAAUGUGCCCAUGGUGAUUUGCAGCCAGCUACUGCAAGCAUUGCGAUUAAUCACAUCUGGCGGUGGUGAUGAUGCCAGGAAUAUUUUGUCAUUGGACUUUCAUUAGUGAGACAUGUACUGUAAGUGCUCAGGUGAGGCACUUACCGUAAUUUCCUCCCGGGGGCUGGAAAAUGGGAAAAAGCAGCCUCUAAGUUGCUUGAAUUUUCUCACUUGAGCCUCCAAAAAAAAAAAGUAUGAUGAACGGUGCUUACCAUGUUGCCGUGCUUUUGAGUUUCACCGCCAUUGCCAUUCUUUCCAGAGCUGCACGAGCAGCUUAUGACUUGACGUUCUCCAUAUUAAGCGAGAGUUCAGGUCUCUGGCACUGCCACUUUUGCAGUGCCUGUUAAACAAGCAGUGCAAUGAAUUGGAGCUCCAAGAUCUCUGCCCAGGAAAUUGGCAGAUCUAUGGGUGUCCCAGUGUCUGUGGAGCGAUCCUGGCUAAAUUUUGUCAAGAAUUGGCCUCUUGCUUUUCCGGCUGUUGUGACCAGGGAACGAGAGCUUGACAUCUCCCCUGUAACAUACAACAGCUCUGUAACAUAUUACAGUAGUCCCUAGCUUCCCGCACAUUUACCAAAAUUUGUCAAUGCGGCACUCGAGCGGCAUCCUUGUGCUGAAUUACCUCGCCGAUCGGUUGCUUAUAGCACAAUCAGAGGAACAAGUGUGCAAGCACAGGGACAUGUUGCGGACGCAUUUGGAGCAUUUGGGUCUCAAGCCAACUGGGCACCAGAUGUGCCUCAACAUAUGUGGCGACGCAGUCGCUAAUGUCUCCUUGUGACGCAGCGCUGUGUUGCGCUGGAGUGGCCCAACCUCCUUUGGUUCCUGGAGCUGGUAGAGCUGGUAGAUUCUCCCCUAUGGGAAUUCCCUUGAGGGGGCAUCUACUCUCGCAGGCAUGAGGCAUCCUUGCAUCCUCUUCAUGGAAACUUCAUGGAAACUUCAUGUUUGGCCCCUAAAUGGGGCUCAUUUGACACACAUGGGUUGUCGCAGCCAGUAGUCGACACCAUACUACAGCCCAGAGACCCCUCAACGAGGUGACUAUAUGCCUAAAAAUAGCAACAUUUUUCUCGCUACCAGAGUGAGAACCCAGCGCGUUUUCCUGUGCAGACAAUGCUCUGCUUUUUUACAAGAGCAUUUGGAUAUUUGGACCCAGGCUUACCUUAACUCUUGCUUAGAUUUUGGAUGGGGCUUAUCAAAACCCUUUCUCCAGUCUUGAGAGGGUUAUAUGCCCAAAGCGCUGGCCACCUACUUCAGUGCUCAGGUUGUUACCUUGCAAGCACUCUCACCUCCCCCCUUUGUGUCGGACAACGCUGCACAUGUUCUGUCAUGUGAGGGCAUUAGGCAUGUUCAUUGACUGAAUGAGUCAGUUCAGGCUGUCAUAACAGAACUUUGCCUGCUCUGAAGGCUGCUCAAAAUGUUUAGCCAUCUCUGGGUUGUGGACACCAUUGCGCUUGCUUAUGAUUCACAAGGCAGACAGUGUCCCAUGGCUGUUAAGGCUCAUUCCACCAGGAGCAUGGCCACCUCCUAGACAUGGGCUAAGAGUGUGUUCUUAAAGGACAAAUGCCAAGCUGCAGGCUGGGCUUCCUCUAAUGCUUUUGUCUGGUUCCACAACUUUGAUGUUUCCUCCCUCUUUUCCCAGAUUUUGACUGCGAAGGUUGGUUAAUAAAUCAGUGUUUCACUACUCUGCUUGGCUAGUGUCAUUGCCUGUAUUAUUAGCCUGUAUUAUUAGCCUCAUGACCAUGCCUUCUCUCUUGUUUGCGAAGAGGAGUUUAUUUUCAGUGUUUCACUACCCCGUCAGCUAGUGCCAUUGUAUUACAUUCCCGGUCUAUGACCAUUCUGUCUCUUCCCUUCUCACUGUGGUGUGAAGCAGAGUAUUCUGAGCACCUAGAAUGGCUAGUGUCAUUCUCAUAUUAUUUUAUCAUAAAUGGUUUAUUUGUUCUCCCUCUUUCCUUCCUAUUUAUCAAUACGAAGGAGGGGUUAAAUUGAUGCUUUUUCACUACCCUAUUGACUAGUGGGCAUUGCUUUGGUGUUAAUCAGUAGCACAGCAUUAUGGUACACAGUUCCCAUAGUGUCAGCUACUGAGGCAGCGUUGAAGUGACCGACUUGAAACGGAACGUCUCAUUUACGAAUGUAACUGUUAAGGGACCAAGAGAUGGCUCCUGAUGAAAUGGACCUGUGCUCCGGUUUAUAUGCCCACGAUGAUGCACCAAGUGCCAUCUGCCAGUCCAGAUUGACGUGAUUAUAAAGGGUUUCAGAGAUUGUUACUCCUGGGAGGAGUUUACCGUAGCAUCAGCUACUCUCAGCAUCUCAUUCCCUCCUUUCAGGGAACCAAGAUUACAUUCGUAACCUAGACAUUUCACUGCAGUAAACCUACAGUAAAAAAGUAACCACUUUUGUGGAAAGAACCAUGGUUUCACAAACCAUGAUACAUGUUCCACAAAUUAACCAUGGUGUUACUAUAAUAAAACAAACCAUGUUGUUUUUUUUUUGUUGUUGUUGUUUUUUUUUUUUUUUGGCAGAAUGAUUAUGAUAUUUAUAACCAGUUUUGGUUUUCCUGUUUUGACCACAAAUAUUACUACUUUUUUACCACGAAUAUCAUGGUUAAAAUACGAUCCCUGUAGUAAACAUGGUAAAUUUUGCAGUUAUGGUUUUACUACCAAUACCAUAGUUAAACUAUAGCUAAUAUUGUAAAACCACUGUAAAUUUUGUUGUUACUAUGGUAUAAAUACAAUAGUUUAACUGUGGUUACUGUAGUAAAACCUUGGCUAAUUUUCGUAAGGGAUCGACAAAUGUAUUGCGAGGGAACCCAAAAAAUUUGCAAGGGAAUGCAAAACGUAUUGUGAGAGUACAAAAUAAUAUAAUAAUAAUAACGAAAAUUAAUUCCCUCCUUGUCCUCUAAGGGGCUCCGAAGAAAAUAUGUUUAAAGCUGAAAUGUGUAUUUUUUUAUGUUAAUACACUCUCUUAUUCCAGCUUAAUAUGUAGAGACAUUAAAUAUACAUUUUUUUUUUUUUUUUUUUUUUACAUAAAACAUUGUCACAUUAAUAUAAUAAUUUUACAUUUGAGUGCUUAAAAAUAAAAUAUAAAACUAUAAUUAAAGUUAAGAUUUGUACAUCAGCAUAAUUAGAGAACUGUUGGUCUGAAUGAUUUUGCAAGGCGUUAUAUAGUAUAUGGGGGCAUGGCUUUGAUGGUCAGCAUCCUUUUGCACUAAGUGGACAAAGUCAUAUUUAAAAAAUCAUAGUUCACAUACAGUCAUGAAGGGUCAUAGUUUAACAUGACCAGAGGACUGUGUUAGUAUUGCUUUGUGUGUAUGACAAACACAUGCUGCGUCCGUGACAAUGAAAAGUGGACCACUUCACUUCUUAGUGUGUGUGUUUAUGUCGUCUCAUGAUUUCAGAUAGAAAGACAUACUGUAGAAGAGACUCCUGCACAUUGAAUUGGCUAGAUUAAAUAAAUAUUUCCCAACAAUUUCCCUUAAAGAUUGCUUUAUAUCAAUGUGCAGUGUCAUACAGACAAGCAAAUGAACCUUGUUCAGCACAGUAAGCAGGUACCGUCAGUAUUUGACUUUUUAUAUUGAACAGAGAUCGGUUCUGAGGUUUGAGUUGGAGCAAAGAAAGUCAGCAAGAAUCAAUUUAUUUAUGAAAACUGAUAUUUAGAUAUUUAUUGCUAAACUAUAUUUGGUUUUCCAAAUAUUCCUCCAGGUGUGCUUUCCAGUGGUUCUCAACUCUUUUUGUUUCACGACCCAGAUUUCACUUUGAACAUCAAGUCAAGACCCAACACAAUACCAAAAUUAGCAUAGAAAUGUAAAUAAAUAUCUCCUUUAAAUCAGACACUGAAAUCUGCAGAGUUUGAUUGGACACACAUCCUUUGACAUCAACAGCAAAACAUAUGGGAAGCGUUUUUCCAUCCCUUUAAAAAGGUAAACAAUGUCAAUUAUAUGGUACGUUUCAAUUGCUUUUUUCCUGCUGUCCAUGACCAAAUCAGACCAGACCUGCAGCCCAUUUUGGGGUUGCAACCCACCUGUCUAUCAGUCCAAACAGGAAAUGUUAUUUGAUUUUCUUUCUAUUAUCUCUGUUCAUAUGCCAUUUGUUCGAGAGAAUGCACAUGCACAUGCACAUGAACAUGAAAUCAGUUAUAUGGAGACAAACUACAGUUAUUGUGGUCUAAAUGUUUGACAGAUUUGAAAUAGAAGUUGUCCUGGUGCACUGAUCUGAGACCAGCUGUUUUUCUUUGAACUUUUAAAGGUAAAGUUUGAAUGGUCAAGCUGAUCCUGGGUCAGAAAAAAAGGGCCACUUCUAAAUGGGGUGACAUAAAUCCCUUUACUUGUAAUGCAAGUUCACCAUUUUGUACUCUCUCUACAGCACUGAGUGGUUCUAAUAUAUCUUUGUAUUUAUAAUGCUCAAUUGUGUAGGGAUUGUACCAGAGUUGGUUAUGGAGACAUUUUUGGCAAAGUUUCACCUACAGUAUGUUUGAAUGGAGAGGCGUCAAAAUUACUGAUCUUUUUUUAUUAAUAUGAAUAAUCAUUAGCAAGACAGGACUAUCAUUAGUUAAUCUAAACUAAUGUAUAUAUACAUUUAGUGCACUCCCUCAUGUGGUAAUUCUGCCUGAAUAUGUUAAAAUUUACUGUCAUGCAACUAGAAAAGAAAUGAAAAAAAAAAAAAAACAUGAAACAAGCCCUGUACUGAAUGUAUCUUGCUUGCCUUUAAAAUGUGUGGAGAAAAUUGUUGUCACAUGUGUCAUUUAUGUCAGCUACUGGAGCAUGACAAUCAAUCACAGCAACGCUUGCAUGUUACACAUAUGUACUCAAUCACACUAGUCUAUGUUUAAGAAUAUUGUGAAUGUCACCCAACAAAACAAACUCGCAUUAACACAUAAUAAAGCACA